AUGGAGAUUCUUCCGCAGCUGACAAUUCCGCACCAUCUGCUGCACCAAGGCAGACUCCAUACUCUGGUAUUGAUCCACGACAGCUUGCUGGAGGUGCAGACGAUGGAAGAUCCAGUCGAUCACGGCGUCCAGCGUCGCUUGAUUAACCAAGCUCGACAGUUCGAUUCGGAUACUUUGAAUCAGGAAAGAAUCACUCAGGUUCAAGGUUGGAACGCAAUCGCUUACCGGGCCACGUCCGGAGUGAGGAUCGGAGGAGGUGAUCCGAGAUACAUCGAUCCAAAAAUUGGCGAAGAAACAGGAUUCGAGGAGAAGAGAUCGGCCAUCGGAACGGAGGACGUGAAAACGAAGACAGUUGGUACAAUUUACAAAGGUUGA